UUAACUUUAUUAGGCUAUAGAUGGAAUAGAGCCUACACGUGCAGAAGUUUACAUAUUGACUCAUACAAAGCGUAAGGAUGGUAGACCAUUGGAUGAGGAGUCUUCAAAUACAGUUGACAUGAUGCAAGAGAAGUUGAGUAACAACGAGACACCUUAUGAACAACCUCAUGGUAGUGUUGCUUGGGAAGGAGAUGUGUAUUCUCAAGUGUUGGGAAAUGAAAAAAGUGGCUAUGUUCGUGGUUUAGGACUUGGUCCAACACCUUCUCUAUUAUGGGGUAGUAAAUCUUCCUUACGAAAUGUUGUUGCUGAUGGUUUGUCAAAUGAAGCUGCACAUAAGUUGGAACAAGAGAUAAAUGAGUUAAAGGAGUUGAACAAAAAACAAGAUGAACAAAUAAAUGAGUUGAUAAAAAAACAGAAUGAAGAAAUUGCUUUGAUGAAAAAAAAUCAAGAGAUGCUAGUUUUUGAGUUAUCAUGGAUGAGACAAGUCAUGUGGAAAUAUGCUCCUACUGGAUUAUGUGGACCUCAAAACAAUGGAAGCACUAGACAGUCACGGGUGGAAAUGUUCGAAUUUUCUAUAGUUAUUAGAAGUUGUGCUGAGGGGGAGAGGAUGUGUGUAUGGUGCUGCUAAGUUGGGCUGGCUUAUUGUUGAAUGUUUGGUUUGGGACAGAGACAGGUCUUUUUCAUACUGGUAACACUGCUUUAGAGUAUCUAUCCUGGCACUAAAUUGGGACAGAGGAAGUACUUGCUAGUAUAUUAGGGAUUUCUGUUUACCUCUAUUUUUUAUAUUUCUGGGGGAAGGGUGGCACAGGUAAUGGUAAAUAAAAUCCUGGACCUUUCAGGAUGCAAGAUCAAAUUUUUAUGUGAAAGUUGUGCUGUUGUUGAGCUUGAUGAUUGGUUUUUAGCUGGUAAUGUUCAUAUUGAUGGGGCUGCUGUGGUUACUAAAUAUUGUAAUUUGGAAUUGUGAUGGCAGUUAUUUGAUUGUAUCUCUUUUACAUUGUUGGAUUACAUGGAAAAGCUUCAGUCUUUUCGGAAAAGUUGUUGUAUUCGUGUUGAAAGAAGUGAUUUUGAUUAGUGAAGUUCAAGAUAUCACCUUUCCUAUUUGUAUGUCCAACUGAAACAAUCUACUAGGAUUACACAAAAACCAAACUUCAUGUACCAGCAAAUGAAAUUUAAAAUUUGAAGGGAAGAUCAGAAAGAGAUAAAGCCUAAUAAGUUGAGCAGAUGUUUGAGUAUGCAGAGAUCUUGAACCUCAUUUUGGUAACUGCCACUUUUCCUGAUAGAAAUUAAAAGACUUGUUUUGAGCCCGCUGUUGCCUUCAGAGUAAUUUUCUGUUUGCUGCUUUCCAUGUCUUAUUUUUCUUCUUUCUUUUUUGAGAAAUAUUAAAGUGGGUGCAGGCAUUGCUACGCUGCUUUUCGUUCAUGCAAUUUAUUUCAGUAAAUUUGUAUUUUGACUGUCAAAAUUGACUUAUUUUUCUCCUUUAUGUUUGGACAGAUUUCAAAUAAAGUUGGCUCUACUAAAGAUCCUCCAGAUAUUGCAUAUGGUCGUGAUCUAAGCUGCCAUAGUUUCUCUAGGAAAAGAAAUAAUGGCUCAAUUUCCUUGUUUUUCCAUUGAACGCAUUCUUAUUUUUUGGGGGUAACUUGAACACAUUCUUAUUAUUUUGAUAAUUCCUACUUUUUCUUUUACCUCUAGAAGACAAGAAAGUGGAUGUAUUGAGCUUGAUUGUUCUUGUUUUAAGUGAAUGACGUUGUUUUGACCUUC